AUGAUUUGGCGUUGCUUCAUAUGCUACAUAUUUGUGGCAUUGACUCUGAAACAACUUUUAAGUCACAUUAACAUCAUGCACAGUCGCAGCCCUGACUUUCGCGUCGUGUGCGGGAUUGAUGGCUGUCCAAAGGAGUACAGGGUGUAUAACUCCUUCUAUUAUCACGUGAAGCGGACACACGCGCAUCAUCUUCUCCAAGUUGAAGCGGCGGAGGAGGGCCACGGUUUACCUGGAGCACGGGCAGCCGCGAACAACCAAAGUAAUGCAAGCCCUGUGGCUGAAGCAGAGAGCUCAAGCAUCGUCAUUCCAGCGAGUGGAUUUCAAGAAGAUGGUCGCAUGAAUGUUGACCUUUCUAAACAUGCAACUGCUUUUCUUCUUCAAGCCAGAGAAACCCAUCGACUGACACAGAGAGCUGUUAACCAAAUGGUGAGUGGAGUCCAGCAAUAUCAGGCCGCAUUAUUGGAGCACCUAAAACAGCAAAUGAGCGACAUGAUCGAGAGACAUUCUGGGGACCUGGAUCUACUAAAGAGUGAUGCAAUGGGGAUAUUUGACCAGUUUGUUGACCCUUUCUGUCAAAUUACUUCCACCCAGUUGCAGGAUAAGACCAUCAAAGAACUGUUAAAACCAGUUGAACCAGAGAUUCUUGUCGCAAAACAAACAGUAUGUUAUGUGAAAAAUGGAGACCCGAGUUCUUACCAUUAAGGACCAUUUUUUCAUUAUAUACCGUUGGUGAAAAGUUUGGAGCAGCUGCUGUCACAUCCAAGAAUAAUUGCAAUGAUUGAUAAGAGGCCACAGGCAUGCAAGGAUGGAUUUUUUCAUGAUUUCAUUGAUGGAGACAUUUUUAAGUUGCACCCACUGUUUUUGAAAUUUCCCACAGCACUGCAGUUAAUUUUAUAUACAGAUGAAAUUGAGCUAUGCAAUCCUCUUGGAUCUCGGGCAAACAAAAACAAAUUGUUAUUGAUUUAUUACACCUUAGGUAACAUCAACCCCAAAAACCGAUCGAGACUUGCUGCCAUUCGUCUGCUUGCCAUGGUAAAAUCAAAAGAUCUUUCCCAUUGUGGUAUUGAUGAGAUAUUUGAGAGGAUUAACCGUGACUUAACUGAGCUGUAUGAUGGUGUCCAGGUUGUCACUGCAAAUGGUGAGAGGACAGUUUAUGGGGCACUUAUGUCUGUGUGCGGAGACACUCUUGCUCAGCAUGAAGUGGCUGGAUUUAAGAUAGGAGUGGGAUUUGCCUACAGUAAGUGCAGGCACUGCGAGUGCAACUUUGAAGACAUGCAGGAGCAAUUUAAGGAAGAUAUGUUUGUUAAAAGGACAAUGGCAAGUCAUAACAAGCAAUGCAAUGACAUUGAAAAGGCAAAUACUGACUUUCUGAAAGACAAUCUAAAAAUGACAUAUGGCAUAAACAGGAGAAGCAAAUUAUCAGAAUUUCCUCACUUUGAUAUAAUCAAUCAAACCCCACAAGACAUCAUGCAUGUCAUUCUUGAAGGUGUUGCCCCAUAUGAAAUCAAAUGUGUUUUAAAGCAUCUUGUGCUUUCAGGGCAUAUGGACUUAGACACAUUCAACAGUGCAAUUAUUUGUUUCCCUUAUUCUCCUGUGGAUGCAAGGGAUAAGCCUUGCCCCAUAUCUGUCAAUACACUGUCAUCAAAUGACAAUAAAUUGAAACAGUCAGCUGGGCAGAUGCUGGUUUUGUUAAAGAUCCUGCCAUUUCUCAUAGACAAAAUUGGAGAAAACGAUUACACACAAAUACUACUUAAGUUGUUAGAGAUAGUCAAAAUUCUGUUUUCACCUAUUAUUGCUCUCUCAACUCUUUCAAAGCUGAAGCUUUUAAUAGAGCAACAUUUACAACAUUUCAAAGAACUGUUUCCAGAUGCAAAUAUUAUACCUAAACAGCAUUACUUGCUGCAUCUUCCUUCUCAGAUUAAGGCACUUGGUCCUACAGUGAGGCAUAUGUGUAUGCGCUUUGAGUCAAAGCAUUGCUUUUUUUAAGCAGU